UCUGUAGAGUAUCGUGCUUCACACGGAAUGUCUCUUUUGGAGAAUGAAGCAUCGUCGAGAGGCAGCGCGGAAGAUGUCUUGAGUCUGUUGGACGGUGUGACGUCGGAGGAGACCUCAAGCGAUGGCGGUUUUCAGCGUAUUGUGUAUCAGGUAGUGCGUGGUGUUGUUGACGGGAAGAUUUCGGCUGAUGAUGGUGCGGAUCGACUGCGUCAAUGUGCAGAGCGCGUUCAGUGUCUGCCGGUGCUGUUGGGAGACACUUUUAGUGUUGUUGAUAUCGAAACUUUAGUGAGCGGCGAACUGUCUGACGAGAGAGGGAAGUUCCUAGAGUUGGUCAGCAGUUGCGUUACGUCGUUGCAGCCGGCUCUAAAGGAGAGUUGGCUGAAGGAGAGAUUGGAAGCCGAGACACUGGAAUCACUUCGGCUGAUUCAAUCUGCCAAAACAUUCAAUCAGAGAUAUGUUAAGACGAAGACAAAACUUUUUUACAAGCAACAGAAGUUUAAUUUACUACGCGAGGAGAGCGAGGGCUACGCAAAGUUGAUCACCGAACUUGGACAAACAAUAAAGCAGCUGCCUCCAGUCAUAGUGCUGAAUAACGUCAAGUCACUCAUAGGUCGGUUUAACUUGGAUCCCAAUCGUGUCUUGGAUAUCAUUCUGGAGGCGUUUGAGUGCCAAGCAAACGAAACAGAGUUCUUUUUAUCUUUACUGAAAGAGUACGACUUCGAUGGCGAUACAGUGUGUCAAAUGGUCGGAUUCAAGUUCAAGUUUUACCGGGACUCUUCGUUGCAACCACCUGAAUCGCUGUUACACAUGGCUGCUCUCCUUCUUCAGAAUGACUUUAUUUUAUUGAACCAGCUCUACAGUCAUUUGACUCCAAGUGAUGAAGAAAUUGUGGAGCUCGACAGGAAGGUGAUGAGUGGUGCUCAAGAGAAAGCGAGAAAGAUGGGAACUGUGCUGCUUAGUGAGAGAGCUUCUGAAGGCCAAGAUGGUCAAGAACCAAUGGAGACAGAUGAAGUCAAGACACAAGUUCCAAAUCAGAAGUUCAUGUUGUGCGAAGCUCUACUUCUUGUCGGUGACUGGAUACAUGCAAAGGCGAUUAUAGACAGACUUCCUCCGUAUUCAGUGACAAGUUAUCCGUCAGUAUCAAGAGCUCUCUGUGGUGUGCUACACAUGACUUUGGAGCUGUUCUACAGACAGUUUGCUCCUGUGGCUGCACGUGGUCGUGUUUAUCCAGCGUUGUCUAGUGCUGGAAGUCAUGGAGUGCCGCAGCUGACAUCAUUCACAGAACUUCCCGUCCAUAUUUUUCCAAUGCUACUUUGCUUGGGACCAUAUAUUGCUGUCGAUCCUCUGCUGUUUGCAAAGGUGGUACGAGUAGGAAGCACAUUUCUUAAGGAGUACACCAUGGUCGACAUGAAAUCAAAAGAAUAUGAUGCUGUGUGGUCUGGUGUUGUUGAAGUCGUCGACCAAGUGUUAUUGCCUGCAUUGUCACUGCUGCAAUGCAACUGUGGUCUGGCAGAAGAACUCUGGUCUCUUCUAAGGCUUUUGCCUUAUCAAAUGAGAUAUUGUUUGUAUGGCCAGUGGAAAAAUGAGUUGUAUGCACUCCAUCCACCACUGAUCCUUUCUAAAGCUGUGACAUUGGAAAGGGCAAAGUACAUUAUGAAACGGCUGUCAAAGGAGAAUGUCAAGCCUUCAGGGAGACAACUAGGAAAGCAGAGUCACAACAAUCCAACUAUUUUGUUUGAUUAUUUGCUUUCUCAGAUCCAGCGCUAUGACAACUUCAUCGGUCCGGUUGUGGACUCACUGAAGUAUUUGACACCACUGGCAUAUGACGUUCUGUCAUUUUGUCUGAUUGAGGCUUUGGCCAGUCCCGAUAAAGAACGAAUGAAACAUGAAGAUACGAAUAUGUCCAUGUGGCUGCAAGGCCUAGCUACUUUCUGUGGCGCCAUUUUCCGCAAGUAUCCCAUUGAGCUGGCUGGUCUUCUGCAGUAUGUUGCCAAUCAGUUGAAGGCUGGCAAGAGUUUUGAUCUGAUGGUUUUGAAAGAAGUUGUGCAGCGCAUGGCGGGAAUAGAGACUUCAGAGGAGGUGACAGAUCAACAGUUAGAAGCUCUUUCUGGAGGAGAGCUUCUGAAAGCUGAGGCUGGCUAUUUUGCUCAAGUUCGAAAUACAAAGAAGUCGUCACAGCGGCUGCGUGACUCACUAGUUGAUGAUAAUCUCGGUGUGCCAUUGUGUCUGCUAAUGGGUCAACAACGAAAUAGUAUAAUAUUUAAAGAAGGAUGCCAGCAACAUGUGAAACUUGUAGGGAAACUCUACGACCAGUGUCAAGAUACGCUAGUGCAGUUUGGCAUUUUUCUUGCGACUCACUUGAGUCCUGAAGAUUAUCAGCAUCGGAUGCCUGAUCUUCAGUCAUUGUCUGUGAAGUACUACAUGCAGCCCGAUGUUGCGUUCUUUCUGACACGUCCAACACUGACUCAUAGCAUUAAUGCAAAGUUUGAUGAAUUGAAGAAUGCCGAGGGCAACAGGAAAGCCUCUAAGACAAAAGAUGUACUAAACAAGUUCUAUGUGCAGUCUGUUGACAUGGUUAUGCAGAGUGUAUGGGCAAGUGCAAGAGGUUUACAUCCAGCCAACGUUUGGGCUGACAUUAGUCCACAGCUUUAUGUUGCCUUCUGGACGCUGUCACUGUAUGACUUGCGAGUACCGGUGGAGUGCUAUGAAGCAGAAAUUGGAAAAUUGAGACUUAUAGCUGACGAAGCAGAUGCCAAUAUGGAACUGACUUCAAGUAAGAAGAAGAAAGAGCGAGAGCGUUGUGACAUGGUUAUCAAGCGGUUACAAGAUGAGCUUGCAGCUCAACAGGAAAAUCACGAUCGAGUUAUUGCACGACUGCAACACGAAAAGGAUGCAUGGUUUAAUAAUCGGUCUCAGAAAAAUCGAAUGAUUACUCAACUUUUACAACUCUGCAUAUUUCCUAGGUGUUGUUUUACAGCACUGGAUGCUGUUUAUUGCGGCAAAUUUGUGCAUACACUGCACAUGUUGAAGACACCAAAUUUUUCUACUCUUUUAUUUUAUGAUCGGGUUUUUUCUGACGUUGCAAGGACAAUCACUUGUUGCACUGAAAAUGAAGCUAGCCGAUAUGGCCGCUUCUUGUGCUGCACAUUAAAGGUGGUUAUGCGGUGGCAUGAUUCCAAAGAACUUUACAGACAGGAGUGUAACAAGUAUCCUGGAUUUGUCUCGAUGAUUCGAGCUGACCCAAGUAAAGAUGCAUCAUCUGGUCUAUACCUGGAAUAUGAAAACUAUAGACACAUUUGUUUCAAGUGGCACUUCAGACUGACGAAGUCACUAGUUACUUGUCUCGAGUCAAGAGAUUAUACACAAAUACGUAACGCUCUCCUUGUUUUAACCAAGAUACUGUACUACUAUCCCAUUGUGCAGAAUCUUGGUGAAGCACUGGAAAAACGUAUUGAGACAAUUCGGGAGCAAGAGAAGGAAAAGAGGCCUGAUCUUUAUGCCCUAGCAAUAGGGUAUGCUGGUCUGAUUAAGAAUCGUCAAGUGAAGUAUAUUGCUGAAUCUGAAUUCCACCUCAAACCUGAGAAGGAAGUCACUCAUACCCAGCGGAUAUGCAGCAGCAAUGAGACUAAGGCAAUGGAGACUGAAGCUGCAGUGAAGGUCAAUGGUGGAUCAUCUACUUCACAAGCAAUCGAGAAACCCAAGCCAGCAAGUAAACCUGUAGAGAAAUCUGAGAAGCCAGCUGUAUCUCAACGGUCUCCGGGUCCAGUCAAGACUUCAGCAGUGAAUUCUCCAGCGUCAUCUGGUGAGCCUGACAAAAAGCCAGUUGUGAAGAAAGAGCACGUCGUUAGUGAAGGAGAGAAGCGAGCAUCGAGUCGAGUAUCUUCCACUUUGCUAAAUUCUGGUGCUGUAGCUUCAAAGAAAGACGGCUCCAAGUCACCUAGUACUCAUGCAAAGUCACCCCUACGAGCAAAAGAGGAAAAGGCAGAGUCUGGAGAUAGACAGAGAACAACAUAUGAUAGUGGUAGAGAAGUGAGCAAAGAAGCGAAGGCAUCAUCAACGAUAUCCAGAGAGCCUCGUGAUGCAAAAGAGGUUCGUAAUGCAGCAAAACGAGGGGAACGAGAGGAUGGAAGAUUACAGGAAAGGGCGAAGGCUAGUCCAAAGUUAACAUCUACUACAACAACGAGUACCUCUACAUCUCGUAAGCCACGAACUGGAGAAUCAUCUCAAACUAAUGAUGAUGAAGAUAGAGAGGUAAAACGCCGCAGGACAGGCAAGGAAGGAACUUCCCAGCAAGAAAACAUUGAAAGCAGAAACAGAGAUAGGAUAGACAAAUUUUCUGAUUUGAAAGACGGAAGUAGAGACAGCGGAAGAGACAAAGGAGAGAAAGACAGAGACAAGGAACGUGAGAAAGACAGAGACAAAGAGAAAGUAGUUGCUUCAAAGCCAUCUGAGCGGAAACGGGAUCGCGAUAAAGAAACGAAUGGUGACUCUAAGGAAAAGGAAUCAAAGCGUCACAAAAUCGACGGCGACACAAUAAACGCUGGUGUUGGGUCUGAAGCAGCAAUGAAGACAACCGAAACGGAUGACAAGUCAAAGCAUACGAAAAUAAUACGCAUCACCAAACCUACAACCGGUAGUACUCCAUCAUCUGAUAGAAGAAAGCUGAAAGAACCAAAUAAGGAGCAACGAGAAGUUGGUCGGGAUUUAAAGCCUAGAGAGUCUAGAACUGUAGUGACACCUUCAGCUCGAUCAACUCGAGAACGAGGAGACAAGUACCAUUCUUCUCAUCAGCGAGAGAAACACUGAUAAAUUGUGACUUUUGCUUGAUUCUUAUAAUCUGACGGCGUUAAUGUAGGCAGAUUACCAUGACUAUCUUAGGGCGGUUGUAUCAGACUGCUGGGUAACAGAGAGUCAAGAUUACUUAAGAACAGUGUCAA